UCUCUGCGGGCUGGGCUGGGAGAUGACAAGGACCCCGGUGGGGUCCACUCGCACCCAGCCAAAGCCCAGGAAGCUCGGGCCCCAGCGAGAAGAGGCGCUCCAAGCCUCCUCGCGGCUUUCAGAACCCCCAGCCCUGGUGCAGAAGAGGAUGCCUGAUGCGUGCACCCUGGGAAGGGCUGGAAUCAGUCUCCCCAAGAUGUGCCUUCACAUGGGUCGGCAUUCGAAGGCUCAGAAAACAGGGCCGGGAAUCCUGCAACAGCGGCAGAAGCGGCCCUCGCCUCUGGCUCCCGGUGGCCCAGCUCUACUAGGGGAGCGUCGCGGCUGCUCUGAGGCAGGCAGCGCUUCGUUAGAACCGUUCAGCUCGUCCCGCGCCGACGCCAGCUGCCUGAACCAGGUCCCGCGGUCCCCUUUCCUAGCGGGACCCCGAAACACCCGUCGGUUUCCCACUCCUGAGGGGGAGAGAAUAGAGCCUGCUGCAACUCUCUGCUUGUAGGGAUGGCCUCUGCAGUGCUUGGCCAGCAAAGGGACGCUUCAUUGUGUCUAUUAGUACAUCCCCAUACACUCCACUCCUCAACAACUGUCAGCACUCACGCCCUCCUGGCCCCUCACACCUCCCUUUGCACCCACACCUCAGGGACCCGGUGUCCCUCCACUUAGGUCACGUUACUCUAUCCACUUCUCUCUCUCUCUCUCUCUCUCUCUCUCUCUCUCUCUCUCUCUCUCUCUCGGUCAACUCCAGAUCCCCUCUAGUUCUCCUUCCCCGCCUACUUCUCUCACACUCACCAGCUACACAUACUAAUUCAGAUCCUGCACAUGUCGGUGGAAAACAUGUCAAGCCAAUGUGCAGACCCUAAGCUUUUUCCACACUCUGCUCACCUUCCCAUCUCACGGCACAGGAGGAUCUCUGGGCUCCAUGUUUACAAGCCUGACUCCCAGAAGCCUGUUGAUUCUCUGAUGUCCUUGGCCUGUGAUUGGGGUGACUGGGCUGCCACCUGGGUGUUUUCAUGGUGGGGUUGCUGCGCAGACCACAGAGAAACUCAGGUACUGAGCACAUUCCAGAUACACUUUAACAUGCACGGGCCACUCACACAGGCUUCAUCUCUGUCUCACAGCUCUGCUGAGCUUGCUGCAGCAGCAGACACCCACAUAGCACCAAGUCUGAAGUCAGUGGGUAUUAGUCUGCCUGGCUGGGAUUAGCAAAGUCAGUUAUGUGCUUGGGAGAGAACAGGGGAAUGGGGAGAGAGAGAGAUAUUGAGAAAGAGGAAAGAGAAGCGACCUCCUACUCUGGGAAGAACUCACACAUGAGAGCUGUUUCCUGUUGUUAAGUGUCUCAUUGAGCUCCCCUCUUUCUCCCCCAGGAAGGGCUGAGAGGCAGUAGACCAGAGCUCUGGCUCCUCUUUACCUUGCUGAUGUGGGGGUAGGAGUCCACCAACACUAUUUUGUCCCAAGGAGUAUGUGCCUCACCGUCAAUCAGGCAGAAUGCAAGGCAGUUGUAGGCCUUUUUCAUGGUGGAGGCCAACUGGGAAAAAGGCAGAAGGGGCUGGGUCCUGGGCCAAGUCAGGCCCUCCUCCCUCCAAAGACCCCUGGGAUGCUCUCAGAGCCGGAUUCUAGGGUGGUGGGAGCUGCUGACAAGCAUCCUCUGAUGUCCCUCAUGAUAUCUAUGGCCCAAAGCCAUUUUGUUCAGCUCUGAACAGUGAGUGCCUUGCCAGUAGGCCUCAGACUUGCUUGGGAACAUGAUGUGCUCUUAAAAGUUGCCUCGUUGUGGCUCUCCACACCCAGACUGUAAGCGCUAAUGGGCAGACUCUGCCCUCUGCUCCUCACUCAGUGCUUCCCACCAGGAUGGGCUUAGUACUUUUUAGUAGAAUUAGAAAACGGUUCCACUGGACAGAAUUGGGAAAUGCCACUUUCCUUAUAAUGAAGUUAGAAUUUCCAAGAAAGGGACUGUAGCUGAGGAAGAGUGGUUUGACCAUUGAGAGCCAGCUCAGGAUCUGAGAGUUCUCUGCCAUUUGGGGUUACUUGCUCAUUAUAGCUGCAUGACCAUGGUGCUGAACCUUAGGCAAGGACAAGGACACCUCCCUAGUCCCCAAUCAGGGUGAGGACCUGUCUGAAACAUUCAAACUAGACUUUACUGGAAACAGGUCUCUGCACUCAGGGCAACUGGCUUGCAAGGUAAGGCCUGCAGUCUCCAGCCCCAUGCUAACCCAUGAGGGGAUGCCAGAGAGAGCCCUUCCCCCUUGGUCCUCAUUCCUGGCUCAAUUUUUGCCCACAAAGUGGGCCCUGCCUAAAGACGAUAGGCAACUGCCAUGCAGGAAGGCAGUUUUAGAUGCCUAGCUGGCACAAAGUCCAGAGGAAGGGAGGGAGAAGGGCUGAGUUUUGUAUUACUGUUCUACCUUUGGAGAUUUUCCUCAUGCCAAGAUGGGUGUGUAUGUGUGUGUGUGUGUGUGUGUGUGUGUGUGUA